GACGCUCGAGGCGCGACCCGCGAGCUGUGUCUCCGCGGCGUUUGCCCCCGCGGUGCCCUGUGCGUUUGCUGGGCGCUCUCUGGGCUGCGUGUGGCCCCGCGGCAGGGCGCGGCCGGGGUCCCGGCAGUGGCGCGGCGACGCGCGGUCGACGACGGGAAACAUGAAAGGUGUUCAUUCGUCCCUGGAGUUAGAUUCCAAGGCCUCGAAGACUCGCAGCUCCGAAGCCCACCUGGAGAAGGGCAGUGAGCUGGCUGAGGCCCAGGCACAGGAGGACCUGGAGAGCUGGUCCUUCUCCAGCCCAAGGGGUGCUCUGCUGGCCCUGGAGGGGGACGAGGAGGAGGCUGAGGGUCCCCUGCGGGAGCCGGACCUGAAGGCAUCCUACGCCCAGCUGGUGGAGGGUGUGCAGGAGUGGUCAGACGGCUGCGUCUACCGGGGGCAGUUUGGGCUGGACAUGAAGCUCGGAUUCGGGGAGUUCUCCUGGCCCACGGGCGAGUCCUACCGCGGGCAGUUUUACCGGGAUCACCGCCACGGCUGGGGCACCUACACGUGGCCUGACGGCUCCAGCUUCACGGGCUCCUUCUACCUCAGCCAGCGAGAAGGCUACGGCACCAUGUACCUGAAGACCAGGCUUUUCCAGGGGCUGUACAGAGCGGACGAGCGGUUCGGGCCGGGCAUCGAGACCUACUCGGAUGGCAGCCAGGACGUGGGGCUGUGGUUCCGGGAGCACCUCGUCAAGCUGUGCCUCGAAAUCCCCGGCGGCUUCUCCAUCCUUGGCUUCCCCGAAUUUGCCCCUUUCCUCCUGGGCUCUCGGGCCAGGAUCAGUCUCCCCGACGAGGAGAAGAUGGAAUGGGGCCUAGAUGAGGGGAAGGACCCCUUUUUCUAUGAGUACAAGCGGUUUAUUCUGAAUGACGACCUGACGCUGCCUCCAGAAAUGCACGUCUACUCGACCAACAACGGCCACCUGCCCAUGACCUGCUCCCUCCGCAAGGAUCUGGACGUCCGGCUCCUCCUGAACGACCUCCCUCCGCUGGCCGAGGAGGAGGAGCCGUGGCCUGUCAUCAACGAGACCCCUCUGCUGCUCAGGAUGCAGAAGCAAGUGUACAAGUUCAGGAACAGGAAGGCCCACAGCAGCUGGAACAUGGGCGCCAUACUGGAGGGGCAGCGUGGCGGCUUUGCACCCGGGGGACCCAAGGAGCAGCUCUCCAGGGAGCUGAUCCUCAAGGCCGAGGCGGGCGACCUCCCCUGGAUCCGCGGGGUCCUCCGGGACAACCUGGCCAGCGCCGACGUGGCCGACGCCAGGGGCUACACCGUGCUGGCUGCGGCCACCGUAAGGCCCCAGGGGCCACUUGGAGGGCCGUGGGCGUGGGGGUGCUGCUGCCAGCAGAGGCUGGAUGUCUGGGGGGGCCUCCUUGUGCCCUGGGUCCCCGCGAGCCUGCCCGCCCUGCAGGUGCACUGCCACACGCACGUCAUCAGCCUCCUGCUGGACAGUGGGGCCGACGUGAACAGGUGCACGGACGACGGCCUCACCCCGCUCAGCAUCAGCUUCCUGCUCUACUACCCCGCCACGUCCUUCCUGCCCAACAUCGCCGAGAGGACCCUGCCUGAGCCCCAGGAAGGAGCCACGAAAGGGGCAUCUCUGCCAAGCCCGGCCAUCGUGUUGACCGAAGCAGCCCCUGAGGCUGCCUUUUAUGAGGAUGUGCUCCCAGAACCCAGCGGCCGGGAGCUGCGGCCGGCGGUGCCCCUCUCGGGCAGUGAGGACGACACCACCUCGCUGAGCCUGCAGCCGUCCGGGGAGUCCGCCGACCUGCGGAGCACGUCCAGGCCGGGCAGCGUCCACAACCUCGAGCAGGGCCUGGACGAGGCGCCCGGCAACCUGGACAAGUGCACGCUGUGCAGCUACGAGACCAACUUUGAGUCCAACCUGUGCGUCCACGGCUUCUCCAUCAAGCUCUCAGCAGACAUGCUGGAGAAGAGUGCCCAGGUCUACAGCAUGCUCAGGACGCCUUCCGUUGGCGCCAGCGACCACGACAAGGGCACCGUGCGGAGGAUGGCGCAGUCCAUGGUCCGGCACAGGAACAGGUGGCUGACCAUCAGGCUCCUGCUGCAGCGAGGCGCCGACCCCAACCUGUGCCGCGUGCCCAUGCAGGUCCUGUUCCUCGCCGUGAAGACCGGUGACGUGGAUGCGGUGAAGCUGCUGCUGGAGAGCGGGGCGAGGACCGACGUCCGGCUCCCCGCCCAGCUGCGGGCCCUGACCCCGCUGCACAUCGCCGCUGGCCUGCCCGGGGAGGAGGGCGUCAGGAUCACCGAGCUGCUGCUGCACGCCAUCACCGACGUGGACGCCCGGGCCGCCGACCAGCACGAGACCUACAGGCGGGACAAGCUAGACCUGCUGCCUUCGAGCCUGAAGCUCAGCAACGAGGCGGGCCCCCCCGGCAUCCACUGCAGCAGGCAGACGCCCUCCCCAGACGAGGGGGGCAGGACGGCGCUGCACGUGGCCUGCGAGCGGGAGGACAGCCACGAGUAUGCCAGGGAUGUAGUUCGGCUCCUCCUUUCCCACAGAGCGAAUCCCAACAUGUUAUGGAGUGGCCACUCUCCACUCUCCCUGUCCAUCGCCAGUGGGAAUGACUUGAUCGUGAAGGAGCUUCUGUCGCACGGAGCUGACCCAAACCUGCCGCUGACCCAAGGCCUCGGCAGCGCCCUGUGUGUCGUCUGUGACCCGACCUAUGAGAACCUGCGCAGCAUGGACAGCAAGCUGGCCCUGAUUGACCGGCUCAUCGCCCAUGGCGCCGACAUCCUGAGCCCUGUGACACUCAUGCAGGGCGACAAGGUGGCGGUGGGCACAGCCGUCGACUACGGCUACUUCAAAUUCUUCCAGGACCGGAAGAUCGCCCACUGCCCCUUCCACGCGCUCAUGCCAGCUGAGCGGGAGACGUUCCUGGCCCGGAAGAGGCUCCUGGAGUACAUGGGCUGUCAGCUGCGCCGCGCCGUCUUCGCCAAGGAGAGCCAGUGGGAUCCCAAGGUGCUGUACCUGAGCAAAAGAGCGGAGCUGAGCCCCGGCUUCAGGCUGAAGAAGAAGGGGGCCGCCCCGGUCGCGGUCCUGAAGCUGGAGGAGCAGGAGAAGAUCCCCUUCUUCAAGUUCUGCUCCCAGUGCGGCCGCUCGGUGGGGGUGCACCUCUCGCCCUGCACCCGCUGCUACGGGGUCCUCACCUGCAGCAAGAACUGCAAGAGCAAGGCCUGGAGCGAGUUCCACAGGAAGGACUGCGGCGCCAUCGUGGGCCUCGGGAAAGUGCUCAUGAAGAACUUCCAGAAAUCCUUCUGGAAGCCCCCGAAGAAGGCAACCAGGGCAGUGCCCCGCAGGCCAGGCAGCCUGAGGCCGCCUGUGUGGGCUCAGAGCCAGUACUCCACCUACAGCGACGCCUGAGCCGGCCGGGGAGCCUUCAGCCACCUCCUCUGCAGGGGAGGAGCUGCCCAUCCGCUGCACGAGGCCUGGGGUCUCUGCUUGGGCUCGGCCCCUUGGGGGAGCCACGGUCCGUGAGCUGCCCGCUCACCCCGUGCCUGGGACGAGCGCCAGAGCCUCACACUCAUGUGGGGCCCCACAGGAGGGGGUGCCCAGGGCGGGGGUGCCCUCAGCACCCCAGGGCCGGGAUAAUGGGGACACUGCCAACAUGUGGCCAGGCAGAGCUGGGCGGGCUGUGACUCCCAAUAAAGUGGCCUGUCAGCCGUCCACA